AUGCGCAGGUGCUCUCCGAGGGAGCAGACAAGUGAAGGAGGAGCUAAUACCCCUGAGACAUCACCUCUGACAUUUUCAAGAGAGCCUCUCUUAGAAGCUCGUGAAUUCAGCCUGUCCUUCAGACGCUCCAUCUUUGGCCAGAAAGCCCCCGUUUUAGCUCCAUACUCUUCUGUCGCCCAACACGAAAACCAAAACUGCACCUCUGGGGAAUACGACUUCCAAAACAAAUUUCUCGCUCCAAACCACACCAAGUUUUCCUGCAAGUUCACAGCAGAUAGGCUUCAAAACUGCUCCGGAGUCCAAGAUCGCAAUUUUGGAUUCGAGGAUGGAAAACCAUGCUUCAUUAUAAAAAUGAACAGGAUUAUCAACUUUCUCCCCGGCACUGCCUCUCCUCCAAGGGUGGAAUGCACAACUCUGGACCGAAAAGAGUCAGAACCCCUGGAAGUGGUGUAUUAUCCAGAUAACGGCACUUUUAGUCCGCACUAUUUCCCUUAUUAUGGAAAGAAAGCUCAGCCUCACUACAGCAACCCUCUGGUAGCAGCAAAAUUCCUCAACAUUCCCGAGGACGUAGAAGUCUCUGUGGUGUGCAGAGUCGUCGCCGACAAGAUUACCUCAAACAAUCCCCAGGACCCCUAUGAAGGAAAAGUGGAAUUUAAAGUGAAAAUUGAAACUGCGGACCCAGUAAUUAGUUGUUACAGUGACCCACUGAGCAAACAUUCCACGAAUAAAAGCACACUGUCAGCCUCCCUCUACACAUUCCUCAGGAGGAACCACGGAGUUAAAUAUUUGCCUCUUUCCUUAUCAUUAGAAAGGCUGUGA